ACGUCCUGAGGCUCAGACCCAGGAUCGUCCUUAGGUUCAGGUACGUCCAACGGUUGGGGACAAAAGGAAGUUCUUGCCAAAGAACAUUGAUUUAGAAGGGCUCCCCAAUUGUCGAGACAAAAGAGUGAAGCAGGGCUCGUCUAAGGUGGUUAAGUCCAAACCUCCACAAUCUUAGCCUUCCAUCCAGGUAGUUGAUGUGGACUCGUCCACUUCGGUUGAGUCCACUUCGUCCAAGACUCCUCCACCCAGAACUCCUUUGUCUAAGUCAACUGCGCCUGGUUCGUCCUAGCCUUCCACGAACAUCAUUGAAAAUGAGGAUUUGGCUUGGGAACGUUUUCAGUUGGCUGUCCUGGGCGAGGACAUAAAUAUGUGUUAUAACAUGGGCUUAAAGGAGUUUGAGCAUUCUGGAGUCCAUGACCUCUUUAAGGCCAUGUCAAAGUUUAUGGCAGCGUCCAGACAGGCAACAGAACUGGACAAGACGAGGGUCUUGUUGGAGACGAGGAUUCAACAGGUGAAUGCUGACUGCAAAAAAUGGGCUGGGGCUGCUGCAAAAGCUAAGGAGGAAGUCAAUGAGCAUAAAAUGCUGAUCGAGGAGCUAAAGACUGAUGCACUGGAGAAGGAUACCCACAUUGAUCACUUGCAAAAGAUGAACGACGAGCUGAAUGCUCGUCUCUCCAAGGCAAAAGAGGACGCUGUGGCUGAAUUCAAGUCGUCCAAAGUGUAUACGGACACCCUGGAUCGCAAUUAUGCAGCUGGUUUUGAGGAUUUCAGAUUGGAUGCUAUUGAGAACUUCCCUGAAGUUGACUUUAGCUCAAUCAAACUUAACCUUGCUGCUGCCACAAGCUCUCUUAUUCAAAUCGGCUCUGAGGACGUCAAUGUGGAAGACGAUGCUAGCACUCAGCCACCCCAAGACGAGCCCAAUGUCAAUGCUCCCCCUGCUUAAGGACGAGACCUUUACA